AUGAGCUCACAAAAUACACCAUCAGCUACAUCACCAACUAUUGAACCACAAAAUACUAAUAAUAAUAAUAAUGAAUCACAAACCACUCAAGUAGCAGCACCAGCAAAUACAUGCGUACCAAAUUGUAAUAGUUGUACAUCACCAAGUGUUACCAAUUCCAUUGAGAUUGAACAAUUGAUUGCAAAUAAUCAUGCAUGGUCAACUAGAAUUAAACAAGAGGAUCCAGGAUUCUUUGCUCAUUUAGCUCAAGCACAAAAACCACGUUUCCUUUGGAUUGGUUGCUCAGAUUCUCGUGUACCAGCUGAACGUUUAACCGGUUUAGAAAGUGGUCAAAUCUUUGUACAUCGUAAUGUUGCCAAUUUAGUGAUUCACACCGACUUGAAUUGUUUAUCAGUACUCCAAUAUGCCGUUGAAGUUUUACAAGUUGAACAUAUCAUCGUUUGUGGUCACUAUGGUUGUGGUGGUGUUGCAGCAUCUUAUGACAAUCCAGAGUUGGGUCUUAUCAAUAAUUGGUUACUCCAUAUUAGAGAUCUCACUUUCAAACAUGCCGAAUUAAUCGAAAUGACUAAAUCAAAUAGAAAACGUUUAUUAUCUACCCUUUGUGAAUUAAAUGUCGUCGAACAAUGUAACAAUUUGGGUAACACAACCAUUAUGCAAUCUGCUUGGAAAAAAGGUCAAAAUGUUAAAAUCCAUGGUUGGAUCUAUGGUAUCCAUGAUGGUUAUCUCCGUGAUUUAGGUGUUUCCGCUUCAUCUCGUGAAACUUUAGAAUUAAAUUAUAAAAAUGCUAUUCUUAAAUUAAAAGAUAAUUGUUCAUUAGGUGAUAGUAAUUAA